AUGAGCUCGGAGCUUUUUGAUCCAAAGCCGCUAGUCGAGAUAAAGGAGGCUUACAGAAAGAACAAGAAGUUUAUCCGCCAUCACUCUGACAGAUACAAGAGGGUAAAGCCAUCCUGGAGGAGGCCGCACGGAAUUGAUAGCAAGGUCAGAAAGCGAUGCAAAGGAGAAAGGGAGAUGCCGUCCAUCAAGUAUAAAAAGCCAAAGGAGAUCAGGCACCUUCUUCCAAAUGGGCUGAGAAAAGUCAGGAUAUUCAACAUCAACGACCUGACUCCAUUGACGUCCCUGAACAGGUUUUACUGUGGAGAGAUUGCACAUGCCGUGGGUGCUAGGAAGAGAAUAGCCAUCGUCAACCGGGCAAAGGAGCUUGGGAUCUGCCUGCUGAACGGAAAUGCGCGUCUUAUCCCGGAGAUCGAGGAAUAA